UAGCAAUUCUACUUGAAAGCAUCAAUCGAAUUCGAUUUGUUAUACCCCGGCCAGGAGAGGGACUAACGAAAAUGCAAAAUUUGAGCAUUUCUUUGUAUUUAUUAUUAGGACUGUUCUUAUCGGUUGGAAAAAUGAGACUGUCAUUAGCCGGGGGUCAAGAUGGAUAUUCAUGUUCAAUACCAGAACCGACUGAUGAUGAGUGCUGGAAAGCGGUACUUGCAACUGUUGUAGCAGAUGGAGCUGAGGGGCGUUUUCUACCCCCAAACCCUCCUUCACCUAAAUGUUGUGCAAAGGUUAGAAAUUGGGGACAAGGUUGCUUUUGGUCAUGGGUGAAUGGGGAGGCUUAUAAAAUCGAAUGUGAUCCCGAAUUAAUCUUGUUCAAUGGUGAAGAUAUGUGGGAUCAUUGUCAAAAUGAAACGCAAAGCCUUCCAAGAAGAGGCAGACCUUUUAUGAGACGAUUUCAUUAAGAGUUAGUUACCAUUCGAUGCAUGUAAUUAACAUUACUUAACUUCACUUUAUAUACAUUUACAUGCAUGCAUAUCCGUAAAUGACAUACAUAUAUACAUAAAGAGGGAUGCACGCACACUGUGCUUUAACAAAUUCGCU